AUGGCUCCUCUCAGCAUAUCCAAAGGGUCCUCUUCACCCUCCCCCACACGCGGAGAAUCCUACGUCCAAAUGGCCGACACCGAUCUCGAAUCGAUCGGCCGCCACUGCCAAUUCGAAUAUUGUGGCCAACUCGACUUUCUCCCCUUUCGAUGUGAAUCCUGCAAGAGUACCUUCUGUCUCGACCACCGAUCCGAAACCGCCCACAAGUGCCCUCACGCCGGAGAAUGGGCGCGGCGUCGCAACGGCACAAAUCAGCAGGAGAACCGCCCACCGCCCGAAAAACCCACCAUCUACAACUCCGAUCAAUGUGCCCAUGUUUCCUGCAAGACGCUCAUCAAUACCCUCAAAGACCCCGGCGUGCGCUGUCCCAACUGUAAUCGCCAAUACUGUCUGAAGCACCGCCUUCGAGAGGAACAUGACUGCGCCAAGCUUACCCCGCUAGGCGCGCGACAAGGUCCUAGCCCGAAUGAAACGAUCAAGUCGAUGUUCUCGCGGAUGCGAACCUGGGGCAAAGAGAAACAAGCUGCAACGUCGAACCUCAUCCCAAAGCCCAAGGUGAAGCCGAAUAGUCCGGCGGCGCGCCUGGCCAGUGUCAAUCAGAUGAAGCGGACGGCCAAGGGUGAUGCAGGAGUGCCCGUCGAGAAGCGGAUAUAUUUGCACACGGUGGGAACGGCGGAUACGCAGGCGGCGGAGCCUCCUGCGGGUGACUUCUACUUUGAUAUGCGGUGGAAGGUGGGCCGGGUGCUCGACGACGCCGCGCGGAGGUUGAAGGUGGAGAACUUGAACAACCGUGUCGGUGGGGAGGAGGCGCGGUUGCGCAUCUUCCACGUGGAGUCGGGAGACUUUUUGGAGUUUUCACAGACGAUAGGCGAGGGAAAGUUGAAGAAUGGUGAUACAAUCGUAUUACUCCGGGGGGCAGGCUUGGUUCUGGAGAAAUCUUGA